UGGCUCAAAGUGCAACAAGUGCUCACAAAAUCUAGUUCUCCUGACGAGCUAACAACUUGAAAACAAAGAACAAACAUGAAAUCAAAUACUAUUGUCUUGUUUCUGCCUCUGAUCGUGGCUGCUGUGAAAGCUGACGACCACCACUGCGAAAAGGAUGGAGUCAUUUAUCCUGUGGGGGCACGCAUUCAAAACUCAGAGUGGAGUGGAUGCGAGGGCGAUGACAAUCGAAUUGCCGUUACCGGCUUUGACAUUUGCAGUGGCGUCAAUUCCUCCCCAAGUUGGCGUGGCGACGACGAUCGCCUCGAAUGCGCGGAUGAUGAGCACUGCGUCGUCACGAUGGAUGGUGAAGAAGGACGACAAGCACAAUGCCUGCCCGUGCCAAGAACCUGCGACAGGGAUGGUGUGACCUACAACAUAGGUGAUCGCAUUAGAGCUCAACAAGAGGAUCACUGUGCGGGAUACUAUACGGCAGUGACAGCGUAUGAAGUUUGCACCGAUCUUGGAAACAACAAUGUAGAUUGGAGAGCUGACGACGACCUAGCAUCGUGUGGUAUUGGUAAGGUCUGCAACCAAGAGUCAGCCUCAUGUGUUGGUGUCCAAUGUGAGGACAAUGUCAUUAUUUACAAUUACGAUGAUAGAGUUGAUCUUCCUGCAUACUGUGAUGGAGACAUUGUUGCUGCCACCUACAAACAACGUGAAGAAGUGAACGGUGUCGGGUCUUUUGAGAUUUUCGAAGACCUUGGACAGACAUCGAACUGUGGCCAUAGUGGUGAGCAGUGUGUGGAGCAAGGAGGGGCGGCAGUUUGUGAGUUUGUACCACCGCCAACAUGUGAAAUGGAUGGCUCGGUGUACAACGUGGGUGACCGCAUAAGGGCCCCAGCAGAAGAUUUCUGCAAUGAUGGAUAUUCUGCGGUUAUUGUACAUCAAGUCUGUUACAACUUUGGAAACAAAGAUGCAGAUUGGGACUUUCAACAAGAAGAUGUUUUCUGUCGCGGGGGGACACUGUGCAAUGAGGACACCGCACAGAGUGAAGAUGUCCAGUGUGAAGACAAUGAUGGGAUUUUCUAUGGCUUUGAUGACCGAGUUCAGCUUCCUAGUUAUUGUGAUGGGGUGUAUGCUGUGACUGCCUACAAGCAGUGUGAAAUAAACACUGCAAGAUGGGUUUGGGAGGAGUAUGCUGAUACAUUCACACGUUGUGGGGAUGGUGAGCAUUGCGUGGAGGAGGGAGGAGUGGCUAGUUGCCAGCAAGACUUGGCGAAAAAAGCCAAGAUCGUAGCCUUUUGUGAUGGAGAAUGAUGCCCUUCGGUUCCUACCACUCUAGACUACCAGUAUUGGAUAGAGUGACCUCAUGCUCCUCCCCUCGCCCCCCUUUGAACAUACCCAGCUAACAUAAAAACGAAACUCUGUAAGAGUACUCCUACCGGCUCUAAACGAAUCAGAUGUGUGUUUAAUAUGGAUUAGAGAGAGCUAAGAUGAGGAUGGGGACAGAGCUCGAGGGGAGGGCACGAUGCAGGAACGCAAGGCAAGCAAUCAAGUGCGCAAGCAGGGCAACAUGGAAACCAAGGAAAGGGGUGAAGGCAGGAGUGCAGGGAGGAGGAAAGGAGCAAGACUAACCCCGUUCGAGACCGGAAAAGAGUGAGGCAAUGUAGCCCAUCGGUACUGGUAUAUUGCUCCUAGCUACCGUAACAUAUCAUAAUUAACCACA